AUGUCUCUCCUUUCGUUCUCUCCAAUUUCAUUUAACAUAUCUCCUUCACUCUCAUACACCAUAAUCGCCAUUCUCGUAUCUUGUUUCCUUCUACUGAUCAUCACGCGCCGGAGUUCAAACUCGAAGCGCGUGAAACUACCUCCGGGUCCUCCAGGUUGGCCGGUGGUCGGAAACCUUUUUCAAUUCGCGCGCUCCGGUAAGCAAUUCUACGAGUUCGUCGACGAUCUAAGGAAAAAAUACGGUCCGAUUUUCACGUUAAGAAUGGGUAGUCGAACGAUGAUUAUCAUCUCCGACUCGACUCUAGCUCACGAUGUUCUGAUACAACGUGGACCAAUGUUCGCAACCCGGCCUAAAGAGAAUCCGACCCGAACCAUCUUCAGCUCCAACACAUUCACCGUCAACGCUUCCGUUUAUGGACCCGUGUGGCGGUCCUUAAGACGUAACAUGGUACAAAACAUGCUUAGCUCGACCCGGUUCAAGGAAUUCGGUUCGGUUAGACAAUCCGCCAUGGAUAAACUCGCGGAGAGGAUCAAAACAGAGGCUAACGACAACAACGGACUUGUCUGGGUUCUUCGAAACGCUAGAUUCGCUGCGUUUUGCAUUCUCUUAGAAAUGUGUUUCGGUAUCGAAAUGGAUGAAGAAUCGAUUUUGGGAAUGGAUCAGAUGAUGAAGAAAGUUUUGAUCACAAUCGAUCCAAGACUCGACGAUUAUCUACCGAUCCUUGCUCCGUUUUACUCCAAGGAGAGAAAACGAGCGCUCGGGGUUCGUCGUGAACAGGUGGAUUUCGUCGUCGGAUUCAUCGAGAGACGACGUAGAGCGAUUCAGAAUCCCGGAACUGAUAAAACGGCGUCGUCUUUCUCUUACCUCGAUACGCUAUUCGACUUAAAAAUCGAAGGACGUAAAACGACGCCGUCUAACGAAGAGCUCGUGACGCUCUGUUCUGAGUUUCUCAACGGUGGUACGGACACGACGGGGACGGCGAUCGAGUGGGGGAUCGCGCAGCUGAUCACGAAUCCGGAGAUUCAAUCUCGUCUCAACGAUGAGAUUAAAUCAACGGUUGGAGAUCGUUCGGUUGAAGAAAAAGACGUGGACAAAAUGGUCUUUUUACAAGCUUUUGUCAAGGAGAUUCUUCGGAAACAUCCUCCGACUUAUUUCACGUUGACACAUUCCGUGACGGAGCCGACGACGGUCGCCGGAUACGAUGUCCCCGUCGGGAUCAAUGUCGAGUUUUAUCUACCCGGUAUAAACGAGGAUCCGAAGAUUUGGUCUGAUCCGAAGAAAUUUAAUCCGGACCGGUUUGUUUCGGGUAAGGAAGACGCGGAUAUAACCGGUGUAACCGGAGUUAAAAUGAUGCCGUUUGGUGUAGGCCGUCGGAUUUGUCCGGGGCUAUCGAUGGCGACCGUACACGUGCACUUGAUGCUUGCGAAGAUAGUUCAAGAAUUUGAAUGGAGCGCUUAUCCGGCGGGAAGCGAAAUCGAUUUCGCUGGAAAAUUGGAGUUCACGGUGGUUAUGAAGAAACCGUUGAGAGCUAUGGUUAAGCCAAGAGUUUAA